AUUGUCCCCACCACCCCCAUUCUAGCUUGAGCUUCCCUGUCUCUCUCUCUCUCUCUCUCUCCUUCUCUGUCUGUCUUAUCUUAGAAUUGAAUGCACAUGCACAGGGUUGUGGGAAAAAACCCAUUUCUUCCUUCUUGAAAUGGAGGCGAAUAAUGCAGGCAGAGUAUCGUUUUCAGGUCCGAAAUUGUAAUGCUUCGUUGAGAGUUUUUCUGUCUCUGCUCUGUGAUGUUGGUUGUGACUUGUGAGAACUUCUUGAAGAUGAGAAGUGGGAUCGGUACUCUUUCUUGAGGUUCAAGGGGAAGUUUUGAUACAUUUGGUGAAAAAUUCAUAAGCUUCACCGCUGGAUUGGUGGAUGUAUUCCAUGUCAAAGGGCUUCUUCAAUUGAGUCGCUGGGAAUUUUGUAUGCCCCAUCUUGUAAUUGUUUUACUUCUUCAUCUUAAUGUUAGUGAAUGAUCAAAGGAUAUGGAGAAUGUUUAUAUGCCUGUAAGGGCACAAUCAGACCGAUGAUCACACCAGACCAGGUUAUGGUCAUUAUUCUAUAUCUUGGUCCCGAGAUGAACUCUUUAUCGGGAUAAAAAAAAUGCAUGUCUGCUGCAGAAGAGAUGAGAAACCAGGUUUCAGCCAUUUAAGUCAAGCUUCUCAUCCUAAUGAAGAAAUUUUUGUGACCCGUAAUGGAUCCUCAGGCUUUCAUCAGGUUAUCCAUCGGCUCACUGGGAUUGAGGUUCCCCGGAUCGACUCUAAACUCUGUCAAAUCUGGGAUCCAACCAUUCUCUUCUUCAUGUGUGUGUGAGAUUCGCCUCCGAGGUUUCCCUGCUCAGACACUAACAAUCCCCUUGGUGUCCAAUCCCGAAGCUACCCCAGAUUGUCAGAGCAUUGCUUCGAGCUUUUAUCUCGAAGAAUCUGAUCUGAAAGCCUUAACUGCACCCGGCUGUUUCUAUAGCUCUCAGGCAUAUCUCGAGAUUUCUGUAUUCACGGGAAGGAAGGGAUCCCACUGCGGUGUUGGCAACAAAAGACAGCAACUUGGGACGUUUAAGUUGGAGGUGAGUCCUGAUUGGGGCAAGGCAAAACCCGUUAUCCUUUUCAAUGGGUGGAUAGGUAUCGGCAAGAGUAAGCUGGAUAGCGGACAACCUGGAGUGGAACUUCACUUGAGAGUGAAGCUAGAUCCUGAUCCUAGAUACGUCUUCCAGUUUGAGGAUGUGACCAGACUGAGCCCUCAAAUAGUUCAGCUUCAAGGAUCCAUCAAACAACCUAUUUUUAGUUGCAAGUUCAGCCACGACAGGGUCCCCCAGGUUGACCCGUUGAGCACUUACUGGUCAGUCGACGGUUCAGAUCAAGAGACCGAAAGAAGAGAGAGAAAGGGAUGGAAGGUGAAGAUACACGAUUUGUCUGGCUCAGCUGUGGCUGCAGCCUUCAUAACUACUCCUUUUGUGCCCUCAACAGGUUGUGACUGGGUAGCAAAAUCUAACCCAGGUGCUUGGCUGAUCGUCCGGCCUGAUCCCUGUAGGCCCGAGAGCUGGCAGCCCUGGGGAAAGCUUGAAGCAUGGCGCGAACGUGGCUUGAGAGACUCUAUUUGCUGCCGGUUCCGGCUCCUCUCAGAAGGGCAAGAAGGAGGAGAAUUGCUUGUGUCUGAGAUCAACAUAAAUGCCGAAAAGGGCGGGGAGUUUUUCAUAGACACAGAUAGGCAGAUGAGAGCAUCUGGGCAGACCCCGAUACCGAGCCCAAGAAGCAGUGGCGACUUCGGUGGACUGAGCCCCGUCGUUGGUGGCUUCGUUAUGUGUUGUAAAGUCCGAGGGGAAGGAAAGAACAGCAAGCCGUUGGUGCAAUUAGCAAUGCGGCACGUGACCUGUGUGGAAGAUGCGGCCAUUUUCAUGGCGCUUGCGGCAGCUGUUGAUCUUAGCAUUGAAGCUUGCAGGCCUUUCCGGAGGAAGAUGAGGAGAGUGUCUCAGACACGGCAUUCGUGGUAGGAGGAGAAAAGACUCUGACUGAUGAAUUUUACAUGAACAUUGACUGGCUUCGGUUCUUCUCUUGUUGCGUCUUGUGACUGGUUAACAGUUGCCCUGAUGAUGUACAUAAUUUCUUGCUUUUCUAAACUUGAACACCAGUCGCUUAUAUCGUUUCAUGGGGCCGACCGGAACAAUCGCUGCCAACAAAGCCAGUGACAAAUGUGAAUUAAUGAAAUUUCAGCAAUGUCACUCUGUGUAUUUUCUAA